AUGCUUCCUGGACAAGUAGCAGCAUGCAAGACCCUUCCUUCCUUUUCUCCAAUUCUUUUCCCAACCCCCCACGUGACGUCCACAGCCUCCUCCCACCUCCUCAUGGGAGCGGGUUCCCUCCUCCGCCUCAUCAAACCCCAACCACCACCACCACCCUACCUAAGAAGAAGCCCUGCUAUGUCAUCGCCGUCCUCUUCAUCUCCUACCUCCUCUUCUUCUUCUUCGUCUUCUUCGCUCCAUAGCAACAACCUCCGCAUCAACCUGUUGCUGAGAUCCGGCCGCGUGGACGCCGCGCUCCACCUGUUCGACGAAAUGGCCCGACGAGACGCCGUCUCUUGGAACUCCAUGAUCUCCGGCUACGUUCGCCACGGCUCGUCGGAGCGGGCGCUCGCCCUGUACCAACGUAUGGUCACUUCCGGUGUCAAGGAGACUACUUACACGUUCUCCUCCAUCCUCGGCGCCUGCUCCGGCCGCCACGACGGACCCCAAUUGCACCGCAGAGCACUAGCUCUCGGCUUCCAUUCAAAUCUAUUCGUUGGCUCCGCACUAGUGCACUUCUACAUGCGCGCCGGGUCGCCUGACCUUGCGCUCUUGCUGUUCCGCGAAUUGCCGCAUCGGAGCACGGCGACGUGCAAUGCCGUUCUACGAGGCUUAUCUGAUCUCGGCUUUACUGAAGAACUCAUCCACUUGUUCCGCGAGAUGAGGUGGCGGAGCAUAGAGCCCGAUGACCUAUCCUUCAGUUAUCUGUUGAAGGGCCUCUGCUGUUGCUGCUGCAGCAGUGAAAAGCAGCUGGACCGAGGAAAACAACUACAUUGCCACAUCGUCAAGGCGGGGUGGGCCGUCACCAAUAUCUUUGUGUCCAAUGCUCUGGUGGACUUCUACUCCUCAGCAGGAGAUCUGAUUGGCGCGAGGAGAUCGUUCGACAGUAUGCGGACGGAGGACGUUAUCUCGUGGAACUCCAUGGUCUCGGUCUGUGCCGAUAAUGGUCAUUUGAUGGACGCGCUGGAUUACUUCUACCGGAUGCUUUGGUAUGGCAGCAGGCCUUCGGUCCGGUCGCUCGUCCGGCUUCUUAACUCGUGUAGUCGGAUAGGAAACUGUCAUCUCGGAGCUCAGAUUCAUAACACCGCUCGCAAGAUAGGAUUUUUUCCUAGCAGCGUGCACGUGCAAUCCGCUCUCAUCGACAUGUAUGGGAAAUGCCGUGAUUUCGACAGUGCGCUCUUCUUGUUCAAUGAAACCCCCGAGCUUAACCUAGAAUGCUGCAAUGCAAUGAUCGUGUCAGCUUUGCAUUGCAAUGUUUUAGAUGCUGCGGUUGAGGUCUUCGGUGUUAUGGUCGCCGAGGGAGUGAGGCCUGAUAAUGUCACUCUCUCUGCAACUAUAAAGGCUGCCUCUUCUGCAGCCUCGCCGAGCUUCCUUAGUUGCCAAAUGUUGCAUUCUUGUGCGGUGAAAUCUGGCUUGGAAAAAGACGAGGCUGUGUCUUGCUCGUUGAUGGAUGCGUAUGCGAGAUCCGGGUGCAUUACUUUCUCCUGCUUGAUAUUCGAAAGACUGGAGAACCCAAAUGUUGUAUGCUUCACAACAUUGAUUUCUGCUUAUGGUCGGAACGGAAUGGGAAGAGAGGCAGUGGCACUGCUUGAUACCAUGAUCAGUAACGAUCUAAAGCCCGACGAUGUUACAUUUUUAUGCACGUUAAACGGAUGUUAUCGGACCGGACUCGUCGAAGAAGGGAGAUUGGUGCUUGAGUCCAUGAGAGCGGUUCACGGGAUAGAGCCCGACAGAAGGCAUUAUGCAUGCAUGGUAAACCUUCUCGGGCGCGCAGGGUUGCUGAAGGAGGCAAUGGAGUUAAUGGAAGAGCCCUCAUUACGUGGCCAUUCAAAGGCGUGGAGCUCACUGCUACAGAAUUGUAGGGUUCAUGGGGAUGAAGAGAUGGGGAGAAUAGCUGCUGAAGCUCUGAUAGGGGUAGAAUCUACAGAUGCAGCUGCUCACUUGCAGGUAUUUAAUUUUUAUUCCGAAAUUAUGGACUUCGAAAAUGCGAAACGUGUUAAGGAGAUGAUGGGGAGAUUGGAUGCCUCAACGCGGGAUAGUGGGUGCAGCAUGAUUGAAGCAAAGAGUGGAGAGAUUUGUGGAGGGUAA